GCAGGGAGGGGAGGUUUUACGCACAGCUGAGCACGGCGUGAAAUCUGAACGCCAGGAACUCACACAAACAGCAUUGGGCCAGUCAGAGGAAUAUUGAUCUAAAACGUUGAGUUUGAACACAUCAUAACAGCGCGGUCCGGACAACUUGGACUCAGACGUUGCCAGCUCUGGAGCAAGGCCCAGUGGGUGGAUGCGUGUGUGUGCCUUAAGUGUGUGUUUUCUUACUUCUGUGCACCUUUGGGUGAGGCUUCUGUGAAGAUGAGGGCCAUCACACUGCUGUGUCUUCUGAUGGUUGCGGAGGCUGCAGCCUCCAGGUUCGUCCGUGACUCCCAAAGUGGGCUUGAAGCUUUAGAACCCGCCAACAACAACGCAUCAGUUGUUCUUCCACCCUCGCAGCCGGGCCGACCACGGAGCUCGCACCCCCCCAUGUGCAUAAAACCCACGGAGAUCAAGCAAGCCUUCAAAUAUGUGAACACCAUCAUAUCCUGCCUGAUCUUUGUCGUGGGAAUCAUUGGCAACUCAACACUGCUCAGGAUCAUAUAUAAGAACAAAUGUAUGAGGAAUGGACCCAAUGUACUCAUUGGCAGCUUGGCACUGGGAGACCUGUUAUAUAUUGUCAUCGCCAUCCCCAUCAAUGUGUUCAAGCUGUUAGCCGAGGACUGGCCGUUUGGCGUGUACGUCUGUAAGCUGAUGCCGUUCAUCCAGAAAGCGUCGGUGGGAAUCACCGUCCUCAGCUUGUGCGCACUCAGUAUUGACCGCUACCAUGCAGUGACGUCAUGGAGCAGGGUGAAAGGGAUGGGAAUCCCACUGUGGAAAGCUGUGGAGGUGACACUGAUCUGGCUGCUUGCUGUGGUGCUGGCAGUUCCCGAGGCGCUCGCAUUCGACAUGAUGGAGAUACCAUAUAGAGGCGCCAAGCUGAGGGUUUGCCUGUUGCAUCCAGAACAGACCACAAGCUUUACGAAGUUCUACAAGGAUGCGAAGGACUGGUGGCUGUUUGGCUUCUAUUUCUGUUUCCCUCUGGUCUGCACGGGAAUCUUCUACACUCUCAUGUCCUGUGAGAUGCUCAGCCGCAAAAAAGGCAUGCGCAUCGCACUCAAUGACCACAUGAAGCAGAGGAGGGAAGUAGCAAAGACGGUGUUCUGCCUGGUGUUGAUUUUUGCUUUCUGCUGGCUGCCCCUUCAUCUCAGCCGAAUUCUGAAGAAGACAGUCUAUGAGGAGGGUGACCCCAACCGCUGUGAGCUGCUCAGUUUCCUGUUAGUGAUGGAUUACAUUGGAAUCAACAUGGCCUCCAUAAACUCCUGCAUUAACCCGAUUGCCCUCUACUUUGUCAGCCAAAAGUUUAAAAACUGUUUCCAGUCUUGCCUGUGUUGCUGGUGUUACAGAACAUCUCAUCUGGAUGACCGAGGACGCUGGAAGGGCUCAUGCCACGGUAACGGACUAGACCGCUCCAGCUCCCGUUCCAGUCAGAAAUACACAAGCUCUUCAUAAAUGCAAACACACAGACACACUAAUUGCACACCUCCUCCUGUACACACCAGUACUCCCAUCAGGGACAAACAGCAGUCUCAGUGCCGACAAACUGGCCUUCAGAUCAAAGUCAGAAGGGGAACCUGGAGUCACUUCUACAGGACUCGCUGCAGACUGAAAGACUCAAAGAUCAACCCCAAAAUGCUGAUGAAAUAAUGGAAGUGUGCCUCCUCAGGCUGUAAUAGUAAAUGCAAAAGCUUUGAUGAAACCGAUGCUACAUAAACACGUUCAUAUUGCUACGCUGAGGCCUCUCUAGAGGACUACUCGGUGACACUAAAAAUGCAUUUAUACAGAAUGUUUAUUCAAACCACUAUGUAAAUGUAUGUACAGUAUUAUUUACAUAUAGAGUGCAAACUUACCAUCAUAUUUAGCCUUAGUAUUUUGUGUAGCUAUGAAUAAGCACUGAAAAACACUACCUGUUGAAGCUUUAUUACCUCACGGGGAAAGCUAGAGGGAAACUGUGACCCUUAGUAAUUUUACAAUGUAGCUUCUAUUUUUCUAAGAAAGCAACACAGCUUGUGUUACCUACUGACGUGAGGUGUCCACAUGUUAUUAUUGCCAAAUAUUUCACCUCUAUCGGAGAGCAGUAAUUUUCUGUGGCUGGAAAUUAGUCUGAAAAUGCUUUGUAAGAGCCAUGUAAAAGCUUUUUGGAAGGAAAAAGAAAUUUGCUGGAUAAGCUGUAUGUAAGUGAAUGAUUUUAAAACUCCACAUAACAAGGAAAGGUUAAAAAGUUCCACAACACAGCCCAUAAAAAGCUGAGGUCAGACAUGACUUAAAUGAGGCAUCAUGGACCUGUAACUUGUGCAGAGAGCAACCAUCGACUUUUGUUUCAAACAGACUCAGCUUUUAUGUUGAGGAUCGUUACUAGGAAUGACAGCUGGGUCCUCAGACCCAGAGACAAAACGGGAAAUUAUAGUGGAAGAGCUUGCAGCUUUGAACGAGGAGUGUGACCAGGAGCACACAUAUUCUUCUUAUUAUCAUUAUUAUCUAUUUUUUAAACAGUAAAUUAGUCUCCCAGGGUCAGACAGGGUCAGGCAGGGUUGGGCUGUAAUGUUCUGAGUAGGGUUUUCGCGAUACUAGAAUUCCGAGACUCAGGAAAAUACUCAAUACCUGAUGCUAUUUCUAACACCACAGAUGAAAAAAUGACAAAAUAGGCAUACUUCUUUUAAAAUAUUAGAACAAUGCUGGUUCAUGCAAAGGAUUGAAUUGCUGAACAGAGUUGAAGAGGUAGGUUGCCAGUGAGAAAUAAAACUGUUUUUUUACACAAACAACUGUGCCUUCGUGUUAAAUUAACAGCCCAUUAACUUUACAGACAGGCAGGACUGAUAAAAUCUGCUGCCUAGCUCCAAAAUUACCGUUAUUAUUUCAUUAUUAGCCAUAGCUGCUAGCUUAAUGAUAACAGACAGCUAACGUGGGUUAGCUGCUAACAGUUAAAUGGCUAAUGCUAACAUUUAUGCCAGUCAGAUUAAUGUUUGUGUUAACUAAGUAAUACUUAAUGUGUUUGAAACAGGAGUUCUACUGACCUCUCAAACUUCCUCAGAAAGACAGGAUUUAAGUCUUUUUUAAGAUGCUUUGCCGAGUCUGUUGAUGCGUUCAGCUGCUAGUGGGGGGAGGGGCCAUGCUGCAUGAAUUUGUCUGUCUAGACUUCUGUGGUGAGUCUUUGUAGAGCCUACAAAGUCACCUGUGUAACUGACCAAUGUCAUUGCCAGCAUUUGUGUAUGUGCAAGUGCAUAACAUGUUAAUUACCCCGUGGCUGUGUCUCUGUGUUUUAUAUGCCAGCCAACAGAAACAAACGAAACGCUUUUUGAAGAAAAAUCUAAUCUAAUGUCAUCUCACAAUGAGAAGGAUAAAGGUAGCUGUAAGUAAAGAGAAUACAAGCACUUAAUAAUAACAUAUAAAUCUAAUAUAAAAACUCCCCCUCAGAAGGAACGCAUUUAUUCUGUAUUCACAACAUUGUCACUUGGGGAGAACAAAUUGCAUGUUACAGUUCAUUUUAAGAAAAUGGGACAGUGCCAAUAUUAAUAACACUCAGUCCAGUGAUAAAGAAAAGCCCAGGAUGAACCCAUUUUAUGUAGCGUGCUAAUUUCAGUACAGUGUUUCUAAGAUGUGGUUAGAAACGCUUUCACUGUUCUCAGUAAUCGUGAAAUGUGCGUAUUCUGAGAAUCCAGACAACGUGUUUGCCGUCAUUUGGAAGACUGAAAUAGAGCACACUGAAAUAUGUUUAUCAUUUUAACGCCUGGACACAACAUCAAUCAAGUCAGCUGAUCAUGCAGUAUGUGACUCACUAAAAUCUAUUUCUUGCCAUUUCGAGCCUGCUUUAAGGUGCAUCUAAAUGAUUGUACAACUUUGUAAGUUUCCUUUGUAAGUGGGACCAACAAGCUGAGACAUGUCGGUAAUUUGACCUGGACGAUCAAGUUAAAUGUUUAUAUCCCCUUAUGUCUGAAAUCACAUUUAUAUUAGUAUGCAGUAAUAAAUUUCAUUUUAUAGCA